AUGGCAGCCUCGCCGCUCCCACCGCCAGACCCGCGGUUUGUCCUCCGAGGUACCCAGUCGGCAGUACAUGCGCUGCAUUUCUUCGGAGGAGCCGAAGGGCAGGGGCAGCCGCUCCUCCUCUCAGGAUCCCUGAGUGGGCUGGUGCACAUCUGGAGCCUGCAGACACGGAGGGCGGUUGCUACCCUGGACGGCCAUCGGGGCCAGUGUGUAACCUGGCUGCAUUCAUUGCCCCAAGGGCACCAGCUCCUCAGUCAGGGCCGGGACCUGAAGCUGUGCCUAUGGGACCUGGCGGAGGGCAGAAACGCUGUCGUGGACUCCGUGUGCCUGGAGAGCAUGGGCUUCUGCAGGAGCACCGUCCUGGCCAGGGGUCAGAGGCACUGGAUGCUGGCCAUGCCGGGGAGAGGCAGUGACGAGGUUCAGAUUCUGGAGAUGCCAUCCAAGACGUCAGUGUGCACCCUGAAGCCGGAGGCAGAUGCCAAGCCGGGCAUGCCCAUGUGCCUGGAGCUGUGGCAGGCCGAGUCCAGUCCCCGCCCACUCCUCCUGGCCGGCUAUGAGGACGGAUCAGUGGCACUGUGGGACGUCUCUGAGCGGAAGGUGUGCAGCCGUGUCGCCUGCCACACAGAGCCCGUCAUGGGCUUUGACUUUGACUCCCAAAAGGCCAGGGGCGUCUCGGGCUCUGCGGAGAAGGCGCUGGCUGUCUGGAGCCUGGAUGAGCAGCAGGCCCUGCAGGUAUGCAAAACUCAUGAACUCACCAAUCCCGGGAUUGCUGAUGUCAAGAUCCGGCCAGACCACAAGAUCCUGGCCACUGCAGGCUGGGACCAUCGUGUCCGUGUGUUUCACUGGCGGACAAUGAAGCCACUGGCUGUACUGUCCUUCCACAGUGCUACUGUCCACUGUGUGGCCUUCGCUGCCAAUGGCUUGCUUGCUGCAGGGUCCGGGGAUCAGCGCAUCAGCAUCUGGUCACUUUACCCGAUUAGCAGUGACUCAUCCACUCCCUUGUCAGGACAUGUGGAGGACACGGAGGUGGGAGCCCAUGCCUUGGCCUGA